AUGAGCUGGGCUGUAGAGGAAUGGAAAGAAGGCCUCUCCCCCAGAGUACUACAGAAGAUUCAUGAGCUGGAAAGUCAAGUAGAUAAGCUUAAAAAGGAGUGUCAGCAAAGACAAUUCCAGUUAGAGUCUUUAGAGGCAGCUUUGCAAAAACAGAAACAGAAGGUUGAAAAUGAAAAAAAUGAAGCUGCAACACUAAAAAGAGAGAACCAGAGCUUGAUGGAAUUGUGUGAUAGUCUUGAGAAAGCAAAGCAGAAAGUGUCGCAUGAUCUCCAUGUAAAAGAAUCUCAAGUCAGCAUUCAGGCAGGACAGCUGAAUUCCAGCAAGAAAAACAUUGAAAGGCUAGAGCAAGAACUGAAAAGAUACAAAUGUGAGCUUGAGAGAAGUCAGCAAACAUCGAUUGCAGAUUUAUCGUUCAGUGGCAGCCCACAGAAAAGUUUCAUUGCUCCUUUAACACCAGUUCAAAGUCAUAAUGAUACUAAGUUUGAAGAACUGGAAGAAAAAUACAAGAAAAAAGUACAAGGAAAAAAAACCCUAGAAAUGGAAUUGAGAGCCAGGCAAGUUAAAAAAAUAAGCCAGCCUCAUCCUCAAAGAUCUUUGAGUCACAGAGAAAUUGCUCGACAUCAGGCUUCCUCAUCUGUGUUUUCAUGGCAACAAGAGGAGACACCAUCUAGAAAGCAUGAAACACCUGCAAGGGGAAGUUCUACAACAUCCUUCUUUCCAUGGGAGAAAGAAACAAAUUCUAGUAUACUGUCAGAGAAGAACGGGUUUGAUAACAGCUUCACUGAGAACUGUAAUUCUUCAUUCAUAAUCCAGCUGAAAGCACAGAACCAGGAGUUAAAUUCUACUGUUAGAGACCUAGAACAACAACUGCAAGCUCAAGAAAAAGUAAAGAAAUCCCAUAUGAUUAAACAACAAGAGACUGAACUACAGCUGAACAGAAUGAAGUUGGAAUUAACAGAGAAGGAUAAAGUUCUGAACCAAACCAGAGACAAACUAACUCAAAUGAGAACACAACUUGAUCAAGCAACCACACAGGUGCAAAUGAUGGAGCAAAAGGUGAAAAGAUUGUCAGAAGAACUGAAUUGCCAAAGACAAAAUGCUGAGAGUGCUCGUCAGUCUUUAGAACAGAAAAUAAAGGCCAAGGAAAAAGAAUACCAGCAGGAGCUGUCUUGCCACCAACGUGCCUUACAAACACUGGAUCAGCAGUGGAACCAGAUAAGAAACAAUCUGAGUCAGGAGUUACAGCAAGCCAAAAAUGACUUCAAUGCUCUGCAGGCAGAAUUUGACAAAGUAAAGGCAGUGAAACAGUGCUUGGAACACAGUACCAGUGAUCUCACCCAGAAGCUGUGCAGAGCAGAGCAGGCUUUAUUAGCAGCCCAGGCUAAGGAAAUGGAUUUGACAAGAAGCUUUGAGGAAGUGAAGCAAGAAAAAAACCUUAUUAACUGUCAACUGGAAAAAAAAUUGCAACAGAUCCAUCAGCUUGAAGAAGAACUAAGUAUGGUCAAGCAGUCUUUAAAGCAGAGCCAGAAUUUUGCAGAAGAGUUGAAAAAUAAGAAUACUUCUCAGGAAACAGAGUUGAAGCUACUGGAAGAGAAAUUUAAAAAGCAAGAGAGCUCCCUUUUGCUGGAGAAGCUGAAGACAGCUUUAGCUGACAUGGAAAAGCAACAAGAUUCUACCCAAAUCCUGCUCAAAGAAAAAGAUAACUAUAUUAAAGAACAAAACUGUAAAAUAAGUAAAAUGGAGGGAGAAUCAGAAGCUUUGCAGAAGCUUCUUGGAUUCAAGCAGAGAGAGUGUGAAGACCUGCAAAAAGAGGCUACUGCUUUUUCUCAAUGGAAAAAUGAAAAUGAUCAUCUUAUAAACAAACUUAAGUCUGAAAAGGAAGGUAUGCUGGCCCAUAUUAAUGAGUUGGAGAGUUCACUUCAGAGUCAGCAAAUCAAAAAUUGUGAGCAUAGUGAGAAACUCAGAAUGUUGGAAACUGAAUGUGACAGAAAAAACACAGAGAUUAGAGAACUUAAAGACGUGUUGGAAUGUAAAAGUGCAGAAUUAGAAGAACAAAAAAAAGCUUUUGAUGAGCUUCUGCAGAAAGCAGAAUGUUCUGAUAAAAAGUACUGUAAAGAGAUAGAAAAUAUGUCCUGUAAAAUAUUCCAGUUUACCAACCAAAUUAGUGAACUAGAAGAAAAGUUACAGUUAGCAGCAACUGAAGGGCUGCAAAAGGAACAGCGUUAUCAUGACCUGCUUGCUGAAUAUGAAAAAAUCUGUUGUCUUGUAAAAGAGAAAGAUACUUCAGGAAUGACAAACAAUGGAGAAGUUAAUUUACCAAGUGGACAGGAUAAAACUGUGUUAGGCAGUAUGCAACUUGCAGCAAAUAACUGCAUUGCUGAGGAUCCCAGAUGUGCAAAACCUUACCUAGAAGUAGGAAAAACAAAGGAUCUGGCCAUUUUGCAAGAUCAAAUCUCGUCUCUUGAGAUUUCCUUACUGGCUCAAAAGCAGCUGAAUUCUAAUCAGCAGCAGCAGUAUGAAGACUUACUGCAAAUAAAGGGUGAAGCAGAAGAGAAGUUAUUAAGUGUAGAACAGAUGCAUGAAAGCUUCGUGACAGAAACUAAACAGCAUAUUAGUAACUUGCAAGAUGAUAUUUCAACACGUCAAAAAUUAGUUGAAGAAUCUUUAGCUAUUCUUGAGGAAAAGGACAUGCAACUGCAAACUCUGAAUGAAAGAUUAGAGACCCAACAAGGUGAGCUUCAGGAUUUAAAGAUUAAUAAUAAAUUGCUUGAGGAUUCAGUAAGACAGCUGAAGCACAUGUCUGAAACAUGGGAUUCAGAGAAGAAGGUUAUGUCUUCAACUAUUUGCUCAUAUAGCAAAGAAGUUGAGGAACUUACUGAGGAAAAUGCCAUCCUUAAGAAUUUAAGCAGAGCUUUAGAGAAAGAACAAAUAACUUUGCUGGAAACAAAUAAAAGUAUUUCUGAUGGUUUAAAGGAGAAAGAAGAAAUAAUUUCUGAAAUGUCAGAAAAACACAGAGAGGAGCAACAGCGUAGUGAAUCAAGAACUGAAGAAAUCAAAACAGAGCUUAAAGUUUUGCAAGCAAAUUAUAAAUCAGUGGAAGAAGAAAACGUGAAGAUGGUGAGCAUUCUGAGAGAGCAGACAGUUGAAUUUGAGGAAAAGAAAGCAAAAUUAGAACAAGAGCAACAGUUUUUUUGUGAGAAUAAAGACAUCUUACAUAAACUAAAAGCCUCAGAACAAAUGAAGAAGGAUUUGAUUCAAGAAUUUAAACAACUCCACUCAGAAUUUUCCAGUAUCCAGCAGGUGCCUUCUACGGAGCUUGACUGUUUAACACAGGAAGCGUUAAAUGUCAGGGCAACACAAAAUACAAUGCAAGAGAAAUGUGCCCUUGUAUUUCAAGACAAGGGGCAAUCAAGGAAGGAACUAGAAACAAAAAGUGAAUCUCUAAUGUGUGGUCUUAGUUGUGAACAGAAACUUCAUUCAGAACAGUUCAGGAAGUCCAUGGAAGAAAAAGAUGCUGAGCUGAAUAAAUACCAAGUUAAGCUUGAACUUCUUCAGAUGGAUUUUGAGGACAGAGAACUAUGCCUAGAGAACUACAAGUUAAAAGUGAUACAACUGGAGACUGAAUUAAAAGGCACAGAAGCAGAACUUGAGAAAAAUGUGAGAGAGAAAGAGAGACUGCAGCAAGAACUACUGUCUGUUAAGGAACUGAAAACUUUAGAUUCUGCACAUACAGUAUUAGAUGAAGAUGGUUACUCACUGGAGUAUGAUUAUGAUAGUGUUUCCCAGAAUUGUGGCCAAAAAGGAAUGGAUGAAAGUUGUUCAUCAUUCUUGCUGGCAUCCUCUUUGCAGGCAGCAAUGAACAAUUUGAGUGAGCCCGAGAAAAUAUGUGAGAGAUUGCAGAGUGAGAACGUUGUAUCAGCCUCUGGAUUUAAAGUCUCGAAACCCAAUGACAUCACAGGUAUUAAUAUGGAGGAGGAGAAAGAGAACAUAAUGAAUGCAGAUAAAAAUUCAGAGAAAGCUAUUUUUCCAGAAGAGCUUAUGGAUCAGAGUGAUAACUGCAAUCUAAGCAUGCAUUUUGAUAAUAAAGAGAUGUCCUUCAGACUUAGAGAAUGCUGUACUGGACCUUGUUCUGACCAUAAAGAUUUAAAAUUGUCCAGCGAAGAAGUUAAAAUACACUUUGCUGAAGGAAGAGAGAAGUUUUUGUCAUUCCAGGAUGAACAUACAGAAUCAUACAGACAGCACUGCAGUAUGUGUUUCAGGAUACCUCAGCUACAGUCUUGCACUGAAACACUGAAGGCAGAAAACUCUGCAUUGUCAAAAAGUCUGAGCAGCGCUUAUAAAGAUUCUGUGAGUGUGCUACUAUCUUCCAGCCAAACAGACACACUCUCUAAAUUAGAUGAAACUAAGUCCAUGGUUUCUUUCUCAAAUCUUUUUGAUUUGAGUUCCAGUUUUACAGAAGCGAGUGAGGUGGCUGAUUCUUCAAACAGUGGUAUGUGCAACUGGAUAGAGGAAAUGAAUCAGCCAGACAGUUCUCCAGAAGGUGCAACAUAUAUUUUGGUCAAAAAUAGUCAUAAUGCUCACAGAUCGGACUCUGUUGGAGAGUGCAGCAGUAUUACUCCUAAGAAAUCUAACCUUGAGGGUAGAAUUGAAGAACUUCAAAUGCUAUGUCAGACCUAUAAGAAGGCCAUUAAGGUGCUCCAAGACCAAUUUCACAUUCAAGAGAAUAUGAAAAAUGAAGAAAUACAAGAGCUGAGAAAAGUUAUACUUUCUGAAAGAACAGAAAUAGAUCAACUCAAACAGCAAAAUCUAUCUGAUGAGAAAGAAUGGCAGCAGAAACUGAAAAAUGUGACUAUGGAGAUGGAGUACAAACUGGCAGCAGAAAGAAAACAAACUGAGAUUCUGUCUUUGGAGCUUGAAGCAGCAAGAUUCCAACUGCAAGUCCUUGAUUUAAGUUCUCAUUCACUGCUGUGCACAGAUACUGAAAAUAACACUGAAGAAGACAAUAGUCCUUGUCAGUUGGGAGUGCCUAUUCAAAACUCAGUAGUGAAAAGUUAUAAACCUAAAUCAAUCCCCACUGAGAAGAUGACUGUAGGAGGUACCUCUGUGCGUGAAAAUGUAACUGAGACCACUGAAGCAAGAUCAAUGGAGGAUUAUACUGAGAAGAUUUCAGGAGAACACAAGUGUAGAAAUAUGUCAGGAAAACUAACCAGCCUUUCAGACCAUGCCAAUAGUAGUAUGUUUUUGGGUGCAGGGGAUUUCUGUGGAAAUCAAAUAACCACUCAAGUGCUUCAGGAGGAGGCAAAACAGCAAACUGCUGAAAAUUUGAAGCUGAUGUAUGAGACAGAAGAAAGCUAUAAACAUGUUGAUUUAUUAAUGAAAGUUGAGCAAUUAAACUCAGAGCUGAACUUUCAGAAUGUACGAUUAACUCCAAAGAGCUCAGCUUUUGCAGAACUGAAGAAAGCCAGUGUAGGUGAGGAAGAAAACUGUGACAUACAGGAAAACCUGGAAUCAGUCUCUGAAAAUAAACAAUUAUAUCUUACUGUGGUCUCAUUAGACAAAGAACCUGAGAAUGUCAAGUCUGAGCUGAAGGUGCAUAAAGUUAGAUUGUCUAAUGCAGCAGAUGCAUUGGAUGAUGUAGAAAUGAACAAGAGAGAUUGUCACGAACCAUUUCUUGCAGAUGAAAAUGAACUAAGAACUCCAAAAUUUGAGCAAGUUAGUACUGAGAACCAUGAGCACGAUAUCGAAAUGCUUCAGGCAAAAUGUCAGCAAUUACAGGGGGAGAGGGAUAUUAAUAUGAAAACUCUUUCCAGCUUUCAAGAGCACCUUGCUUCAGUCACAGCUGAGAGAAACGGUAUUGGCCAAGAACUGACUAUUUUGUUUGAAAAUAAAGAACAACUGGAUAAGAAGUAUCAGAAGCUACAAGAGAAAUUAAAAGAGCUGGAGUCAACUAAAACAGAUUCUGCUGAGAUCAUUAGAAGAUUAGAGGAUGAAUUAAGGACACAAACAAAUCUGCUUGAGACAGCAAAAUCUGAUUUAAAUCAGUUAUCAAAUGAAAAAGAUCAUCUUCUGCAGAAGUUGCAAAGUUUUGAAAAUGAUGCCAUGUCUCUUGCCUCAGAAAAAGAAAAACUCCAAAAUGAAGCAGCUGAUUGGAAGAAGGAAAAAGAGCUCAUUGUAAGAAAGUUGGAAAAGUUGCAGAGUCAAUUAAGUUCAUCAGAAACAGAAAAUUCAAAGCUUUACAGAUCUUUGGAAGUCUUACUAAUGGAAAAAAGUGAACUUGCUGCUAGACUCAGCUCAGCACAGAAAGAAGUUGACCAAAUGCGAUGUGGAAUUGAGAAGCUGAAAGUAAAAAUUGAAUCUGAUGAGAAGAAAAAACACCACAUGGCUGAAAAGCUGAAAGAGAGUGAACGGAAAGCUGACUCUCUUCUGGAUAAAAUAGAGAGGCUUGAAAGAGAAUUGGAGAUGUCAGAGAAAAAUCUAGAAGAUACAGUCAUUCAGUCAGAGGUUGCUAAAGCAGAAGCAGAAACAUUAACAAUGGAGAUGGAAGAGAUGACAGAAAAACUGAAAUUACAAAUUGAUGCCCUCACCUCACAAAAAGAUUGUUUGGCUAAAGAUUUGAAAGAAAAGCAAGAAAGAAUACUUGAACUAGAAUCUUCAAAUCUGACCAUAGCAAAACUGUUAGAAGAAAAAGAGGAAGACUAUAUGCAAAUCAGGGAUGGCUUUGAAAAUACAGUGGUAUUGCUGCAAUCUGAGCUUAAAGAUAUAAGUGAGAAAUUAGAGCUUUCUUGCAGGGAAGAAGCUGAUGCCAGAGCAAAAGAGCAAAUCUUGAUUAAUGAGUUGGCUCGUCUUGAGCAAGACAAAACAAUACUAUUACGGGAGUGUCAGGAAAUAAAAAAAGAAAAUACCAAAUUGGAUCAAACAAGGGAAGUACUUGUUCAAGAACUGAUGGAUUGCAAACAAAGUCUCUAUGAAAAGGUGCAGGAAAAUGAUUCUCUUCAAAGGCAGGUGAAAGAAACAGAGGAGUUGUCUUUAGAGCUGGCACACAUGCAACAGGAGCAUGAGUGUUGGUACCAGGAGAAAAAAAGGCUGCAGAAUUUGAUUGCUGAGUUGAAGCUGAAGGAGCAACACCUUUCUGACAAUGAAAGCUUUCCAGAUAUCCUGAAUGUUCUAAAAGUGUCUUAUAAGGACCUUGAGAAGGAACUGGAAUCUACUGUUUGUGAGAAGAGCACUUUAUAUGAAAAGGUAAAUGAACUGACUGAAAGUCAUGCUGAGCUUCAAGUCAAGCUACGUGAUACUGAAGGGAAGAUUGCCAAAUUACAGGAAGAAUUUGCCACGGAAAGAAACAAGUUUGCUGAAGAAAUGCAAUUUAUGCAAGAACAUUUGGAAAAGAACAAAGCUCAGCUGCAUCUAGCUAUGUCAGAAAAAAAUGAACUGACUAAGAGUUUGGAGAUGGUUCAGAAAGAGUUACAAGAAAAAGAAAGUGAAAUGAAAAGAGAAAUAUCAGAAUACAAAGAUAGGCUACUUCAAGCAGAGAAGGAGCAUCAGGAUGCACUGACAGAAGCAAAUCGAAAGAAUGAAGUAGAAAUUGAGGCCUGUCAAGAAAAGGUGAAUUCACUGCAACACUUUAUCAGCUCACAAAAACUAGAAAUUGAAUGUUUGAAGUCAAAUAAAGAAGAAUUAAAUAAUUCCCUUAAAGAAGCUAAUCAAACCUUAGGAGAACUUCUAAAAAUGAAGGCUGAUAAUAGUAACCUUAUAGUUCAGCUGAAGAAGGAAAAUGAAUUUGCCCACAAUGAAGUGCAGCUGUGGAUGCAGUCCUGUAAGCAGAUGGAACAGGAGAAGGAAAUGUUGCAGAAACAGCUAGCUGAAUGUGACGAACUAUCUACGUCAAAGAAAGAAGGUGCUGAAGAGAAUGCCGUUGUGGAAGAAAUUAACCGCAAGCUGGAAGAAUUACAGGAAUCUACGGAAGUGAAAAUCAGAGAAGCAAAUGAGAACUUGGAGAAAUACUCCUCACUAAUUGUUAAAUAUUAUAAACUAGAGGAAGAAAAUGACAUGCUAAAAACACAAGUCAUUUUGUUGAGUGGUCAGCUGAAACAGCCAGCAAGUGAUGUUGUCAGCACUCCUUUGCUGAGUUCAGAUAACUCUUUAACAGUGAGUAAUCAGUCUAUCAAAGAGAUGAGGUCAGGUGAAGAUACUACUAAGCUUUCUAGUAAAAGGCAGAGAUAUGAAGACAAUGGGAAAGAUAAUGAAGAACCCAGAUGCCCUAUGCCAGAGACUUCAUCAAAGAAAAAAAGGAAGGGUGAUAUCUUUCAAAAGCUGCUGGACCAGGAGAACACAGAUGAUGAGCCAGAUGGGCUUCCAGAAGUAGUGGAAAAAGGGUUUGCUGAUAUUCCCACUGGAAAGACUAGCCCUUACAUUUUACGCAGGACAACUGCAAAUCUAUCAGGCAGUCACUGUCUGGCUUCCCCAGGUGGGAGGUUGCCUUUACUUACACAAGAAAUACAGAAAUGCAGACCAGACAAGCUUGGUGAGCGCUCUUGUUCAACACCUGGUGGCAGCAAACCACAAAAGGUAACUGUUGGACCACAGCCCCAAGCGGUAACAACUUUUCUGUCAGUGAAAUCUAUGCUAAGAUCACCGCUUUGCCAGUAUAUGCUACCAAGAAAAACUGCCUCUGAUAAUACUAGGGAGAAUCAUAUGGUGGACAAAGAUAAAAACUCUCUUAAUGAGCAAGGGCUACCUGAGCAAGAUGAGCAGAAAGAAAAUUGUAAGGUGCAGUAA